AUGUCUGCACCUCCAACUGGUCCAGGUCCAGUUACAUCUAGUACAACUCCAACUGCAGAAACCCCGGCAACAAUUCCAGCUCCUGGAGACGACCAUGACUCCACAACAGCUGAUCUUACCAGUGGUACUACGGCAAAUCCGCCUAAUCAAGCUGAAUUGACCACACUAUUAUCCAGUAUGCUGAAUAUAAUGUCUACCACUAAUAAUGGAUCGAGUGACAUAAAACAAUGCUCCACCUGA